AACCUCACCACAUGUCCAGCACCAUGUCGCUCAAAUUUGGUCUGAACCUCAAGGGGAAGGGCUUGAAUAGCGCAAAGAAGCCCCCCCCCAGUAAACGGAAGCCUCUCUUGGACGAGGAAGAGGACGACGUGAAGGGCAAAGGCAAAGCUGAGGACGGCGUCGAAGAAAUCGGGGAAUUCAACUUCGACGACAGCUUCAUAUCUAGCUCUAACCAAUCCAAGCCGGCGCCUUCGACGAAACUAAAAUCUGCACCUCCGGCUCCGGGGCCUCCGACUCUCAAGAGAAAGGCCCGGGAUGAUGACCCCACAACAUUCGGAAACACUCUUGGUGCACGCGAGGCAGAGAAGAAAGCUAAGCAGGCCAUGGAAGCAGAUCCCUCCAUAUAUGACUACGAUGCUGCAUACGACGCACUGCACGCGAAAACCGCCGCCAAAGCAGCUGCUGAACGAGAAGACGCACUUCAAAGACGACCGAAAUACAUGAACAAUCUAUUUGAAUCGGCCGAGGUGCGGAAAAAGGAUCAGCUCCGAGCCCAAGAUAAGCUACUACAGCGAGAGAGAGAGGCUGAGGGAGAUGAGUUUGCGGACAAGGAGAAAUUCGUCACGGGAGCAUACAAGGCACAGCAGGAAGAGGUGAAGAGAAUUGAGGAGGAAGAGAAGAAGAGACAAGAGGAGGAAGAUGCGAAGAAACGCAAGCUGGGCAUGCAAGGAUUCUACAAGCAGAUGAUGUUGGAUGAGGAAAAGAGACACCAAGAGGCUAUGGAAGCAGCUCUUCAGGCUCUUAAAGAGGGUGCCAAACCCGAGAUUGAAGAGGAGAAAUCUGCUGCAGACAUUGCCAAGGAACUUAAUGAGAAGGGCAAGAACAUCAUUCUGAAUGACGAAGGCCAAGUGACAGAUAAACGGCAACUUCUUACUGCAGGUCUCAACCUCGUCACAAAACCGAAGAGUGCACCCACGGCCUCUGCGUCGAAUCGCCCCAGCGGUUCCCAGCCGGCUUACCAAGGGCGCAAUGCCACCCAACGAGCUGUUCGGGACAGGCAAACAAAGAUGAUAGAGGAACAAUUAGAGCAAGCGGCCAAGCGCGCAGCAGAUGCCGAAGCUGAAGAGCGACGGAACCUGGAGCAGGCUAGCAAGAGCCAGAAGACUGAAGCAGACAUUAGCAGUGCCAAGGAGAGAUACUUGCAGAGGAAGAGGGAAAGAGAAGCGGCGGCGGCGGCGGCCAAAGGGACUUGAAAAAACUUGGCAUGCUUCCGUCUCGACAUUCACAGAAAAUUUUAUUUCCUGGGGCGGAAUGGGGUUCUUCUGACCCCCGGUGUCCGUGCGAAUAAAUUGUCUGACAUUCUCCAUUGGCAACA